GGGAUUUUAAUGUGACAUCUCUGAACACAUGGGGGCUUCCCAAGGCCGAGCUUGAUAAAACGUCGAGCGGUUUCAAGAUCGAAAGUAAAUCGCUACGUCCAGGGGAGACUUCAAAGCCUAUAGAAAAGGAAACUGAGAUUUGAGUGAGGGCAGAAAUGUCCAUUGAGAGUUUUAGCAUCCGACCAAAAGCAGGACUGUCUUACUUUUAAAAACAAAAGCUAGAAAUUCAGCUGUACGUUCGGCAUCGUAAUUCUGACUGAAGAAACCAGUGGUCUUAGUUAUUUGGAUAUACCAUUUCUUCACCCAUCCAUGUUCUUUACCAAGGCACACAGGACCAUAAGGACAUGAGCUUUCAUGGUUGCCACAUCGCCGUAAUGAGCAACAAAGCCUUCUGCACUGUGUUAAUUGGACUUAUUUUAAGACUCAUGGUCUGUGAUGCAGAAUGUGAAAAUAAUUUUCAUAAAGACAUAACAACAUGUUUAUUUAAAGACCAUUGGAUUGCGGUCAAGAACUUCACACCUCCUGCUGAAUCUGAAAAGGACGAGCAUAUUUUACUCUCUGUCAUAAAUACUCUUUGUUCCACCUGGAAGCAGAAUGGAGAAAGACUUAAGAAUGAAUGUAGGAAUGAUGCAAGGAACUGCAUUGAUUGCCUUGAAAAAGUUAUGUGGACAUAUGGAAAUAUCCUGAAAGGCUUUGCAAGGCUGAACAACACAAAGGAAACAGAAAAUAUUACCAAUUUUUGUGAGAAUUAUACCUGCAAAGAUUCCUAUACAACAUAUUUUAUGAGACCAACUGACUUUGUGAUCAUGUAUAAUAAAAUAUGCAACGGGAAUAAAUCAUUGGCAGGUAGCAUCCCAGAGUGCCCAAAAAUACAGAAUUCUACAACUUGUUCCUGCAUUAUCAAGGGCACUUUAUCAUCAGAAGCCACCCAUACCACAAUUCCAUCUACAAAGGAAAAUUUGUCAGCUCACUUUUCUGUUCCUGUUCCUACUACUAUGAUCGUCAACCUGUGUUAUGUUUCUGAGCUGUAG